CACGCACACGCGCUCUGUCCUUCCCUGCGCCACAUCUCAGCCGCGUGCGUGCGUGCGCGCGCGCGCGCCACUUCUGCCGUUGCCUCUCGCGCCGUGCAAGUCUCGCGGUGUUCUCGCGCUGAGCGCCUGUCUUUCCCCGCUUGUUUCUCUCUCAGACACUGUCCAAGCGAUCAGCUCAGCAGCAGGACCUGGGGGGGAAAUGUCUCAUCGAAAGGUGACAAUCGCACUUACAGGACUUUACGUCCUUAUUUGGCAAGUCUGUGCCAAGCUGGAGGUCAGCAUGGAGGACAGAAUAGGGGUGUUUCUGGAUGACAUGGCAGAAAUCCCCUGCAUAUACAACAUGAGUGGAUCCACAGGUUCACCGACAAUCCAGUGGUUUAUAGUGAAACCAGCUAACAGCAGAACACAGAUCUACUACAAAAGUGGCAGCAAUGUGAUUGAGGGUCAGGGCACAGGUUACUUAGGGAGGAUAAAGGUCUCUCACUCUCAAGAUGGCACGAUUGGAAAUUCUCUUCUGACCAUCACCUCCGUACAAGUCGCUGAUUCACGUGACUUCAUCUGCCAAGUGGACGUGGAUGGAGACAGUGGGGAGGGACUUACUCAACUUCAAGUGUACAAGAGUCCAUCUCCCCCUAAGAUUGAACCAGGAACUUACGCCUCACUCUCUGAACAAAGGAAGGUUGCAUCCUGCUUGGUCAGUAAAGGAUAUCCCUCCCCCACGAUCACAUGGUACAAACACAGAACUCCUUUACGCUCCUCAUCUAAUGUUAAAGUGCUGAACAGUCAAACUGUGAAUUCCGACGGCUUGAUCACAGUACGCAGUGACCUGUACCUGACAGCGGUGAUGGAGGACAAGGAUGCGCUUUUCUAUUGUCAAGUCACUUACCCAGGUCCCGGGGCAGAGAAAAUGAUAGAGUCCAACCAAUUCAACAUCACAGUCCACUAUCCAUCAUCGGAAGUUACAAUGUUCCAGGAAUUCCCUCAUCACCUCGUUAAAGAAGGUGACACCGUAGAGCUAAGAUGUCAAGGAGACGGAUACCCUCAGCCAGUCUUCUCUUUCACCCACAACUCUGAAACAAUCCAGGCAGAAGAGGGUGGAGGCAGACUGAUCCUUCCUAAUGUGACUCGACUAAAUAGUGGCUUAUAUGAAUGCAGCGGUCUGGAUGCAGAAACUUUUGAUAGUAUCAUAGGCAACUUGACCCUCAUGGUGCACUAUUUGGAUCCUGUUGUAAUCACUCCUAAGAAUCCAGAUAGCCUGAAUGAAGGCCAGGAUCUGUCUCUGACCUGCAAUGCCCUUUCCUCUCUGAACACACAGACAGUCUGGUACAAGGAUAAUGUGGAGCUGCAUAAAGGCAAUGUGCUGGCAUUACACAACGCCUCCUUUGCCACAGCAGGGACGUAUGCUUGUGAAGUCUUGGUGUCUGAGCUUCCUGAGUUGAUAAGGCGCAAUACUGUGCACAUCAGUGUAAAAGGAAAGCCGAUGAUCUCGGAGGGGGUAGCUGUGAUUCCUCUGGAUAACCAAAAGGCCAUCAAUGUGAGCUGCCAAGCGAAAGGACACCCAACUCCCAUCAUCCACUGGAGUCUCUCUGAUGAACAAGCUCAGCUGGGAAGAUGGGACACCAGGACAGAGAACGGUAUCCUUAGCAUCAUCUCCAUCAGCACCACAUCUGACAUCACCGCAUCCUGUAGGGCCUCCAAUGACCUGGGCACAACCGAGAGCUCCCGUGUCAUUCAAGCCAUUGAAAUGGGACAAACAACUACAACAGCAACAAAAACAACAACAACAACAACCAGCAAUACGACUAGUACAGUGGUGCCAGGAACAACCAACCCGAAAAAAAUCAAAAAAGUUAAAAUGACCCAAAAACCUACAACAGCAGCAACAACAACCACAACAACAAUCAAAACAUCUGGUACGGUGGGUAAUCAGUCACCUACAACAGCAGCAACAACAACCACAACAACAGUCAAUACAUCUGGUACGGUGGUGCCAGCAACAGCCAACCUGAAAAAAGGGGGCAAUGGAUACAUCAUUGCAAUCAUCAUCAUUUUCAUCUUGCUGCUGGCUGUUGUGGGUAGUGUGCUGUACUUCAUGUACAAAAAGGGCAAGCUGCCAUGUGGGCGCUCAGGAAAGCAAGAUCUCACUAAGGAAAAGGCCAGUAGCGAUGACAUCGUUGUGGAGAUGAAGAGCAGCAAGUCUGAGGAGGCAGUGCUUCUUCAGGGAGUCAACGGUGAUAAAAAGACUUCAAACGUCCAGUGAUGCCAGGGACUAAGCAGAGAUGACGGGCCACUAGCAGUCUCCAUGUUACUACUACCCCAUUCCUCAGCUCUCUCAGGACGAGUCCUGGAACAACUUCCUUUCCUACAGGACUGCCACGUCUCAUCUUCCCCUGUGAGCUGGAACACAAUCCUGUGUCAGGUCCACUGACUCAUUUCUGCCUCUACAACUUUCACAUUUUGUUUGCAGAGGGUUUUUUUCUUUCUUUUUUUUCCGCCUCAAACUGGUCUCCGGGUCCAUUAGGGACAAUCUGCUCUCUAGGUUCUACAUCAUGUAUAUAUGAUAUAAUGUACAUAUGUAGUUAUAUAAAAUAAUUUCAGAAAACCUAAAGUGUCCUUUGUGACCGAUUGAAGUCCUUCUUGUGCAUCCGGGUGACUGAGCUCUUCGUUAAGUGUCUGAGUGCUUGCUGUUGUUUUGUCUGUUUAAAUCGCUCUCACUGCUGCCUCACUGUAGUCCGUGCACUGAAACCCAGAGCUGCCUGUCACUAUUGUGCUGAUCCGACACUGUAAUCGCUUCACCUGCUGCCUCCAACAACACUUUAUCACUGAGGAAGAAAGCCGAUCAAAGUUAUUUUUUUUAAAUCUAAUCUUUUUAAAAUAUAUAUAUAUAUAUAUAUAAUGUUCAUGCUGAAAGAAAGACUUUGACGCUGAAAUGUGUAUAUGCUAUACACAUUAACCCGACCGACUCAGAGCAAAGAUGCACCCACUGUCCACUUUAAUAGGAACACGACCUGUCUACCUGCGGAACGAUGCAUAAAAUCAUGCAGCCGCAGCUCAGGAGCUUCAGUUUUAGGAGCCUGUCUCACAUUCCUGAAUCCAGGCACCACCUGGAUGAUUUAAAAUGAAUAACCGAGGUUUCAAAGUCAUUGUUAACAGGUAAGCUGACAAGACAUGUCUGGUAAAUGACUCGCGUUUUAUAUGGUCCAUGAGAAGACAGGUUUAAGAGAAACAGUAACAGUUCUUGACAGGUUUUUGCAAUUGAUGGCCGUCUGUGGGAUGCUGUAGGUAGUCCACAGUUUAGUUGUGAAAGUUCGUAGACGGUGACUUUGGCACGGUUUAUAGUGCAGUCGAAAGUACAUGCAAGUGAAGUUUGGUCGUGACAUUUCAUGGCUAACACCAAGCCAGUUUGUAGGCAUUACGAAGCAUGUUAUUAAAGCCUGUGAUGAAGAAAUAAUCAAGAAUUUUAUUUUAGGUUAGUUUGGCAUGCUCUCAUGACAGUUCACAUCAAACAUCAACAUGGUGGAGUUGUCCGAUCUCUGCGACUCAUGGAUUGGUUUGAGUAUUUUCGAAACCGAUGAUCUCAAAGGACUUUUACACCCACUAACGUCACACACAAAGAGGUGUAAAAAGCAAAAAACACUGGAAGUGCAACAGAUAUGUGCGUGGAAACACAUUAUUACGAGAGAUCCAGGGAAAAUUCCUUUAAGAUGCCAGGACGUCUAUAGUGACUCAUAUAAUCAUUAUUUACAACGUGCAUGAAUUCAGCAUGCAUAAAGCCAUGCCUAUAUUCACUGCAUUCAUAUACAUCAUCACCCAGUGAAAAUCUUUCUUUAUUCGCAUGUCCCAGCUUUGGAGACUGGGGGUCAGAGCACAGGGUCAGCCGCUAUAUGGUGCCCCUGAAGCAGAGAGGGUUAAGGACAUUCUCAUGGUCACUUGGAAUUUUUUCAGUCUUCAGCUGUUCAGUUUCAGUGAAUCAGGAGACCAGUAGUUCCUAAAAGACUCGAAUCAGUGCUACUGGAACCAACAACAAUGUACAGAUAAAAUUCCACGAUAGCACAAUAUUUCCACAAUUCUGUGUUCGAUUUGAAAAUUACCUGAAGCUCAUCUGUACCUGCAUGAUUAUAAACAUCGUGCUGCUGCCCGUCAUAUGAUUGGUCGAAAGGGUAACUCCAUAAAUGUUCCUAUUAAAGUGGACAGAGAAUAUAAGAAUAACAUUCAAUUAAUAUUAUAAGGCCCUUAUCAUUUCUUUCUGAUGGUCAUGAUGUGUUGUUUUUAUAUAGUAUUAUGUAUAUAAAUGAAGAAUUAGAAUCUGCAGCGCGUUAAUAAGGUAUCCCACGUUUGGCCAACAUGCACAGGUUGGAUAUUUUACUCAGAUGUUCAUAAUUUGUCUUUUAAUAAUUUUAGUUAAAAUAAAUAAAUAAAAAAAACAAGCAAAAGGGCACAACUAUGGAUAUUCAAGCACAUAGUUCAUACUUUAUUCUCUACCAAAGCAAAAGCGUAACCAAAGGCACACUAUUACAAAUACCAGUUUCACCAGUAUGUAAGCUAAUCAGCUCAAUGUGCAAAAACUAUCGCUAGGUGUCAUAUCUUGAUUUUUUUAUUUGUGUAUGUCACAGGUUCAUUUGUGCCUUAUUACUGUAAAGAUGUUUGACCUUUACCC